CAUACCCGGUUGACGGUUACUGUGCUGAAAUUAACACAGUCUUUCAGUUUCAUGGGUGUUAUUUCCAUGGGUAUCACAAUUGUCCACUCAUGAGGAAUAUCACUAGUGAGAAGUGGAAGGAGAGAGAGAAAAAAAUAUAAGAGAACGGAAGAAACAACAUCCUUUCUUCAUUCACGUGGCUACAAAGUGGUAGAAAUGUGGGAGUGUGAUAUCUGUGAUAUGAAACAUCAAGAUAUGGAAUUAGUAAAUUUUAUCAAAUCAAGACAGUUUUACAGAAAACACACCGGCCAUGUGAGCGAAGAACAGAUUUCGGAAAUGAGCUCUUUGUUUUGUACAACAGAAGUUCCGUACGAAGUGAUCGGCUCUCACAUGCAGGAACAUGUCAUUAAAAAUGGCUUACCAAAACAAGAGGCCCAGAGGGCCUGUAUCGCUCACCUGGAUUUCAUGAGAUAUGAAACAAUGAUGAUUAAGUAUAUUUGUCUCUGGUAUUGCUAUGUCAAUAUAUCAUAGGCGUUUUAUAUGGGUACGUCAGAUUUUUAUGCCAAAAAAUACAUUAAUCCAUGAAAUGAAAUUGACUUGCGGCGCAACCUCAUAGAUAAUAUGCUACCACACAAAUGUGAGUGAUAUCCAUUGCUUAGUUUCAGAAAAGAAGUUGUUUAGACCAAUUGACCCAUUUUAACCCUGCCCUCUUUACCCCGGGGGUCAGUUCCUUCCUUUAUAAAAGGACCAGGUCCGGUAUGGGCUGUUAUUUGCCCAAUUUUUAGAGAUAUUUUCUAAAUUUCACUCAGCCAAAUAAAUCACAGAUUUGGAAAGAAGAGUAUUUAUACUUUUAGAAAAUAUAACGGUAAUAUUGAAUGAACAUAUUUUUGACGAUCUAUCACCCUUGAAAAUUGAGACGAAAUGCCGUUUUGAGAGAAUUUUCCUAAAAAUCAGGUCUCAAAACGAUGUUUUCAUAUUGGCCGCAUGUUUGGAGCAACUCACUGCUUUGUUGAAAACAUUAAAAUAGUAAACAGAUUCGAUGUGCAAAAUGUCUUCUUGCUCCAUGCGUGCGGCCAAUGUGAAAAUACAGAAAACGUCAAAUAAAUUGGUUCCGCCGCAGCCGGUCGUGUUUUGUAAGCAUUAGAAACGGAGUCCGGACCUACGAUCCGCGAGUAAUGAAACAAAUCCACAGUUCAUUUAAAAUCGAUAUUGCGGCAAUGUUUGACUGAUUACUUCAAUAAAUAAGAUACCGGUCAUACUAUGCGCGAACAUAAAUUACAUUUAUUUGGCUGAUAUAUCGUUUUAUCGGUACAUAUUAAAAAAAAUAUAUAUAAUCCGGAAAAAAAAUACGUAUACCAUUUCAAGGGUUAUAAUCUCCUCGACAAACGUAAACAACACCGGAGCAUUGCCUAGGCCUACCUGUCGCAGAUGAUCUAGAAUAUACAACGCUGUAUUUUGUGAUAUCCCAUUCCUUGCCUGUAUAUAUGGUUUUUAAACACCAGGUAAGUAAAUCAAUACUUUUAUAUUCAAUAAUCAUGUAUAACCGCAGUCCACACCUGACAAUGUUGGAUCGGAAUGCGGUAGGCCUACGUUAGAGUAGACCUAGGAUAUUUACCACGUACUUGUAGAGAACGUAUCAAUUAUUGCAAUAGAAGAUGGAUAGGCAUUAUACUACAACUUCUGUCCAUUACCAACAGGUUCACUUGUAAUGUAUCCUUAUUUGUAGACAGUUUUAACGUGCAAAAACAUCAAUGAAAAAAUGUACUGUAACAGUUGGCUACUUCGGGCAACGUUAUCAAUGGUUAUUAUAUCGUCUAUUAGCUAACAUUGAAAACAAAUCAAACAAGGACAAGACAAACAUGAUGUAUUUGUUUUUAAUAUAUAUCCAUAUCUACAUUUUUUUUUUUUUUUUUAGAAAAUUGGUGUCGUCUGGUCGUUUCUUGCCUCAUUAUUGGUUUAUAUAAUUUUAAAGUGUGAACACAUGGUAUGGGUUUACGGUGGCCGAGUGGUUAGAGCUUCCGCUUCUAAUGCACAAGGUCGCAGGUUCGAUCCCAACUCGGGUCGUAUUUUAUUUUUUUUUUUUUUUUAACAUACCUUCAUUUAAUUAUUUAACAUAAGUGUAAUGUCUGUUACAUAUAUUGUAGACAUAUAUAGGUAAAGAAAACAUUAUGUAAAAAUAUCUCAACAAAUAAUUUCUUUUCCAGAAUGCCUGGCUGCGGCCGAAAAAGUUUCCCCUGCGUGCUAUGCAAUAAGAGGACCAAACCGAAGGAAAGACGUUCUUUGACCGGUGAACAAAAUAAUCAAUAUAGAAACUAUCUGCAACAAACAUUCUUUAUCAAUGUAAAACCUGACGAUGUUACCUGUCACAAAUGUCAUCUAAAGUUUUAUCGUGUAGUCAAACCUGUAAAUAUUCGUGAAAACAAUUCUGAGAUUGAUCCAGAUUUUAUACCUGUACCAAAGAAGAGCAAAUUAUCGUACAAAAGUCCUAAAAAUAUAACAUUGCCAAUUAUAUCAACAGGAAACAGUCAUUCGUCAUGCUGUGUGUGUAAGCGGAGGGACACCAAAUUAACAGUGAUAACAGCAGAAGCGCGAUACAGACUUUUCAUUGAAAAAGGACAUUUACUAAAAUGUGGUUCUAGAUGCUGUGUUAAUCAUUUAUGUGAUAAAUACUUUACUCGAGAAUGUAUUGAAAAUAUAGAGGAUCAUACUAAACACAACGAACAAUCGCAAUUCAACAGGACAGACAUAAUUAAUCUAAUUUCUAGCAUUCGGGAGAUAGCAAUUCGACAUGAAAAAACAAGGAUUGACUUUGAUAAUGUGAAUGCACUAACUGAAAGUGAUUAUGUAAACCUUACAGGUCUCUCAAAAACAGACUUUGAAUAUUUGUGCGAACAUGUUACCACCAUUCGAUCAACGAAAAACAGAACGAGUAGAACAUGCCUAGCAUUACUUUUAGUAAAGCUCCGAUCCGGAAUGUCCAAUACGCUGUUAUCAACUUUAUUUAACAUUGGAAAGUCAGGAAUAAGACGAGCAAUCUCAUCUACAAGAACAGCAUUAGGCUCGCACUUCACGCCCAAGUUUGUUGGAUUUCGUCACAUUUCAAGAGAGGUCGUUAUCAAGGACCACACUCGACCAUUGGCACAAGAACUCUUUGGUAGUUUUGUGCAGUCUCCUGCAAUUCUCGUACUCGACGGAACAUACAUUUACAUACAAAAGUCAAAUCAUUUUAAGUUCCAACGUAGAAGUUACAGUCUCCACAAAGGUCGUCCCCUUGUGAAACCCAUGAUGUUUGUUUCAACAACCGGAUAUAUAGUAUCCGUUAUGGGAUCCUACCUCGCAGACUCCAAAAAUAACGAUGCUAAUAUUUUGAAGCAUGCCAUUGCAACAAACAGUGAGGAUAUCAAUGAGUGGAUCUCUGAGGAGGAUGUACUAGUUGUGGAUAGAGGUUUUCGGGACUCUUUAGGUAUGUUGGAAGAUCUAGGCAUCAAGGCAGAAAUGCCUACAUUUUUACCGAAGGGACAAAAACAACACUCAACAGAGGAAGCGAAUGCGUCAAGACUUGUUACCAAAGUGAGAUGGAUCGUGGAGUCUGUUAACGGUAGAAUUAAACAGUGGAAGUAUUUGUCUAACAUUGUACCAAACUCACAAAUACCUUUCAUCGGUGACUAUGUGCGUCUCGUUGCAGCCCUCUGCAACAAGUAUAAAAGGCCACUGAAUAGUGGGGAUGAAGAGGAGGACCAGAUUCUGGCAGCUAAAAUGAGAGUAUUGGCUAAAGAAAAAAACCAGCUGAAAGAUCGCGUUGCCAAUGAAAAUCUUGCUAGGAGGAGUGGUUCUUGGAAGAAAAUGGAUGCGGAUCAUGUUGCGACGAACUUUCCAUCAUUAUCCGAGGAAGAUCUCCGCAACAUCACCCUUGGCGUGUAUCAGUUGAAGCUAGCACGGAGCUACACACAAGAGCAUUUGGACGACAACGGCGACUAUAUCAUCAUGAUUGAUGACAGUGUGUCGAACAUUGUACGCGUUCAAAUCCAGAGUCGUCAUACUUCUGCCAAACGAUACUUGUCCUGGAUCGAGUAUGACGAGGUAGUGGUCAAGUCCUGGUACUGUCAGUGCCGCGCUGGAGCCCGAGUGGUAGGAGCAUGCGCGCAUGUAUCUUCGAUAUUGUGGUACCUAGGUUUCGCACGACACGCAAACCAGGUACAUGGAAUACGGAACUGGGCACUUUGUUUAGAAGAUGCAUCUCAAAUGCCCGUCCUUGUAGAUGCUUCCGACACUGACAGUGAUCCAGAAGAGUGAUCAGAGCAUUUGCUCAUGCGUCAACUCAAAUUGUCUGUGCUAUAUGUAGUCAAUACAACACAAACGUGCUGUUGUUGAAAACUUUUUUUGAGUGUCUUGGGCUCAUAUCAUUGAACUCGUGUUAUUUUGUUUAAUUAAAGUAAGUUAUCGUAUCAUAAUUCUAACUUACUUCAACCAAUCAAUA